CGAGUUGAAACCGUUUGGCGCUUACCCCACCCUGUUUUACUUGGGUCCAAAAGACCAUUCUGCUCUUACAUCUUCGCCUUAUUUCUCCUCGUAACCCUUCGCCGGAUACCGUAAGGUCCUUCUCGCUUGUUCCCCCCGCGGUUACUCUCGCCCUCGAAACCCUAGCUGCGGUCUCGCUUCGAGCUUGCUCGCGACGGAUGGCGACCGGGCGGCGCUUUUGAAUCGUAUCGAGGGGAGGAGCAGGGAAUGGACGGCGGAGCGGCCGAGCCGAUCGAGGAGGUCGGGGAGAGCUCGUCGCCUUCGAGGGGGACCGGAGCUCAGGCGGCGUAUGACAUCAAGAACGAAAUCUACGAGAGGCUUGUAGCGAGCGGGUACGAGGAGGCGCGGUCGAAUCCCUACUUCAAGGAGCACUUCGAUGCCCAUUUCAACCGGUUGCCGGCUAGCUACAAGCUGGAUUUGGAUGUUGAAAGAGCAGAAGAUGUUCUGAUACAUAAAAAAAUUCUGGAAGAAGCCAAGGACCCAGACAAGCGGCCAGUUUUCCAUGUUCGUUUCCUGAAGCUAGAGGAACAGAAUUUGGACAUGAUAAUGGACAGCGACGACACUGAAGACGAAUCUGAGUUUGGAGAUGCUCUUUCCGCAAGGCGUGAUGUUACAUGUGUCGUGGUUCAUGAAAUUAUCUUUUCCACAAUCGACAAACCAAAGCUACUUAGUGAGCUUUCCACAUUGCUGUCUGAAAUUGGACUCAAUAUCCGGGAGGCUCAUGUCUUUUCAACAACAGAUGGAUAUUCUUUGGAUGUAUUUGUUGUUGAUGGAUGGUCUGAAGAGCAAACAGAUGAUUUGCACAAGGAGAUUGAGACAGCACUUAAUAGAAAUGAGGGUUCCUGGUCAGAUUCAUCUCAUUCUUCAGAUACAGAGAGGAUGCUUGCUGUGCAGUUGAAAGCUGAUGAGUGGGAAAUUGACAGAAGAUUGUUGAAAAUGGGAGAGAAAAUUACAUCUGGAUCCUGUGGAGAACUGUACCAUGGCAGCUACUUGGAUCAGGAUGUUGCGAUUAAAGCUAUUAGAUCUGAUCAUUUAAAUGAACCUCUUCUCCUAGAGUUCCAUCAGGAAGUGUCCAUUUUAAAGAAAAUCCAACAUGAAAAUGUUGUUCGUUUUAUUGGUGCAUGCACAAAGCCCUCACAGUUUUGCAUAGUAACAGAGUACAUGCAUGGAGGAAACCUGUAUGACUAUUUGCAUAAGCAUCAUAACAUCCUUGAGCUCUCUAUGUUGCUGAGGUUUGCGAUUGAUGUUUGCAAGGGAAUGGACUAUUUACAUCAAAAUGACAUUAUUCAUAGAGAUCUAAAGACAGCCAACCUCCUUAUGGAUAGCAAUCUUGUUGUGAAAGUGGCAGACUUUGGUGUUGCUCGAAUUCUGAAUCAAGGAGGAAUUAUGACAGCAGAAACUGGAACAUAUAGAUGGAUGGCACCUGAGGUCAUAAAUCAUCAACCAUAUGAUCAGAAAGCAGAUGUAUUCAGUUUUGCGAUUGUGCUCUGGGAGCUCGCAACAUCAAAGAUCCCAUAUGAGUCCAUGUCGCCUCUGCAAGCUGCCCUAGGAGUGAGGCAGGGGCUUCGUCCUGUGCUUCCCCAGAAAACACAUCCUACAUUGCUGGACUUGAUGCAGAGAUGCUGGGAGGCAAAUCCUGCUAAACGGCCUACAUUCUCAGAAAUUACUGUUGAACUCGAGGAACUUCUCCAACAGGUUCAGGAACCUAGAGCAAUCAAACACUCAGGAAAACAUGCCUCAAAAGGAUCUGAGCAACAAGUCUUCCUGGAAAAUUGAUGGUACUGACAACAAUUAAUGGGUCCAUAGCCACAGAAAUCAGUUCUGUAGAAUGAUUCAGUAGUAACUCUCUUUGAACAUCUUGCCUUUGCUUUGUUGACAUUCUAGGUUUGUAUUGGAAAGGCAGGUCAAGCCUUAAUUUAUGUCCUUCUAGUUAACAGAUGCUGUUGGCCACCGUGGAUAUUCCUCUACAUCUCCAUCUGAACCAAGAGGUAAUUAAUCCAUGGAGCAACAAGGGCAAAGGCUGUGUUCCUUUUGUAGAGGAUUGUAAAUGGGUGGUUCAGCCACCCAAUUUAUGUGAUUUGCACUAACAGAACUGCCGUGGUCACGGUUAGGGAUUCGGCCUUCGUUUUGUUUCGAGAAGGCCAAAGUAAUCUUGCAUGGUCAA